AUGGCUGACUGGGUAGCUACAUUUGGGAUCGGGCUCAUCUCUCACAACCAAGUUAAUUCAUCUGCUUGUGCAACUGACGUCGAUGGAGCACUUCAAGCAUUUUGGGCCUCAUUUCUCUUGCUACAUCUUGGUGGUCCAGACACCAUCACUGCCUUCUCUCUAGAGGAUAGCUCGCUUUGGCGACGACAUAUGCUCAAUCUCAUAUUCCAAGUCGGUGCUGUUAUCUAUGUGUUUGUGCAGAUAUUUCCCAUCAACAAGUCACAGGUGAUCCCCACGAUGUUGGUGUUUCUUGUUGGGGUCACAAAAAAUGCGGAGAGGUUACAAGCACUUAAACUCUCGAGCCUCCCAAGGCUUAGGGAAUCAAUGUUCUCGAGCAUUCGGCUUGGAAAAACGAUAAUCUCACUCGGUGCAGUUAAUAAAUUAAUUGAAGAAGUCGAUGCUCUAAGGGAUGGAUACUAUGAUGAUGAAGAAGCAAAGCUUGCUGAGAGUAUCGUGGUGAAGCAUGCUUACAAGUUUUUUCAAAUCUUUAAUGUCUUCAUUGUGAACCUUAUAUUUAGACGUGACGAACGCAAAAUGAGCCAAGAGUAUUUUUGCAAAGUUUCUGCCAUAGAUGCAUUAAGGGUGAUAUCAGUUGAACUCAAUUUCAUGUACGAGGUGCUAUAUACAAAAGCUUUGGCAAUACAUUCCUGGUGGAGCUACAUUUUCCGCUUCAUAGAUUUCACUAGCAUUGUGUUGGCUUUCAUUUUAUUCACUCACUUGCAGAAGGAUGGGCUCUCUAAACUUGAUGCAAAAAUUACUUAUUCCCUUCUUUUUGGAGGAAUUGCUCUUGAUGUGAUAGCUUUGUUCAUGCUUGUUUUCUCCGAUUGGACUGUUGUUGGAAUCCAGUGGUAUAACACAGGAUCAUCUAAACUAGAUUCAUUUCUCCACAAGUUGUUAUCUACCACGGAUGAGCUGAGGGAGCCCCGCUUCAUUGCAUGUGAAGCAGAGCAUAAUAGAAUGUUAUUUACAUGGUCUUAG